CCUGACGUCACGAUGGGCGGGGCCGGCCCUCGGUCCGGGCAGCGCUCUCCCGGGAGCGGCGGCACGCGCGGAGCGCCGGGUGCGGCCAUGCGGGGACCGGGCCCGAUCCCGAGCCCGACCCCGAGCCCAAGCCCGAGCCGGAGCCCGAGCGAGACCCCGAGCCCGAGCCCGAGCGCGACCCCCGGUGCGGCGCGGCUACCCCGGCGGAGGCGGCGGGCGCGGGGCGCGCUCUGAGGCCCGGGGGAUGCGCCGCCGCCUCGACCAUGGGCGCCGCCGCCUCCAGGAGGAGGGCGCUGAGGAGCGAGGCCAUGUCCUCGGUGGCGGCCAAAGUGCGAGCAGCCCGAGCGUUUGGAGAGUACCUGUCCCAGAGUCACCCUGAGAACCGCAACGGCGCAGAUCACCUGCUGGCUGAUGCCUACUCUGGCCACGACGGGUCCCCCGAGAUGCAGCCGGCCCCCCAGAACAAGCGCCGCCUGUCCCUCGUCUCCAACGGCUGCUACGAGGGCAGCCUCUCAGAGGAGCCCAGCAUUAGGAAGCCCGCAGGCGAGGGCCCUCAGCCUCGAGUGUACACCAUCUCUGGGGAGCCUGCCCUGCUGCCCAGCCCUGAGGCGGAGACCAUUGAGCUGGCGGUGGUGAAGGGGCGGCGGCAGCGGCACCCUCACCAUCACAGCCAGCCCCUGCGCGCCAGCCCUGGUGGCAGCCGGGAGGACGUCAGCAGGCCCUGCCAGAGCUGGGCGGGCAGCCGCCAGGGCUCCAAGGAGUGCCCCGGCUGUGCCCAGCUGGCUCCUGGCCCCACCCCUCGGGCCUUUGGGCUGGACCAGCCACCUCUGCCUGAGACCUCCGGUCGCCGCAAGAAGCUGGAGAGGAUGUACAGCGUUGACCGUGUGUCUGACGACAUCCCCAUUCGUACCUGGUUCCCCAAGGAAAAUCUUUUCAGCUUCCAGACAGCAACCACAACUAUGCAAGCGGUGUUCAGGGGCUACGCGGAGAGGAAGCGCCGGAAACGGGAGAAUGAUUCCGCGUCUGUAAUCCAGAGAUGUGUCUGGGAAGCUUUUUUGCCCGUUUUGGAUGUUGGGCCUUGGCAGGGUCCAAAGUUUGGUGGAGGAGAGGACCUGCUCCUGAGGUGGCUCAAGGACACAGAGCAGGAGAGGGGGCUCCUGCAGGCCCCCAGCCCGCCAUGGGGUGGUGCAGACAGGAGCCCCGCUCUGCCGCAGCGCAGGCAGGCUGGAUCCUCUGCCACAUGGGCGUGGAGGCUCAGGGCGAACUUCCGCAAACACCUGCGCAUGGUCGGCAGCCGGAGGGUGAAGGCCCAGACGUUCGCUGAGCGGCGCGAGCGGAGCUUCAGCCGGUCCUGGAGCGACCCCACCCCCAUGAAAGCCGACACUUCCCACGACUCCCGAGACAGCAGUGACCUGCAGAGCUCCCACUGCACGCUGGACGAGGCCUUCGAGGACCUGGACUGGGACACUGAGAAGGGCCUGGAGGCUGUGGCCUGCGACACCGAGGGCUUCGUGCCACCAAAGGUCAUGCUCAUUUCCUCCAAGGUGCCCAAGGCUGAGUACAUCCCCACCAUCAUCCGCCGGGAUGACCCCUCCAUCAUCCCCAUCCUCUACGACCAUGAGCACGCAACCUUCGAGGACAUCCUUGAGGAGAUAGAGAGGAAGCUGAACGUCUACCACAAGGGAGCCAAGAUCUGGAAAAUGCUGAUUUUCUGCCAGGGAGGUCCUGGACACCUCUAUCUCCUCAAGAACAAGGUGGCCACCUUUGCCAAAGUGGAGAAGGAAGAGGACAUGAUUCACUUCUGGAAGCGGCUGAGCCGCCUGAUGAGCAAAGUGAACCCAGAGCCAAACGUCAUCCACAUCAUGGGCUGCUACAUUCUGGGGAACCCCAACGGGGAGAAGCUGUUCCAGAACCUCAGGACCCUCAUGACUCCUUAUAGGGUCACCUUCGAGUCACCCCUGGAGCUCUCAGCCCAAGGGAAGCAGAUGAUCGAGACGUACUUUGACUUCCGGUUGUAUCGCCUGUGGAAGAGCCGCCAGCACUCGAAGCUGCUGGACUUUGACGACGUCCUGUGAGGGGCAGAGGCCUCCGCCCAGUCACCAUCAGGCCGCUCCCUCUGCACCGGGACCUGGGCUGGGCCGCCUCGUGCUCCCCGGGACUGUGCGGCUCUGGUCUUGCCUGGAGCCACUUCAGGGCACCUCAGACGUUGCUCAGGUUCCCCCCGUGGGUUCCGGUCCUCGCUGCACCCGUGGCCGCAGAGGCCGCAGUCCCUGGGGGCCGGGAGGAUCCCGCCCCGUGGCCCGUGGAUGCUCAGCGGCCAGGCACUGACCUGCCAUGCCUCGCCUGGAGGCUCGGCUGUGGGCAUCCCUCCAUGGGGUUCAUAGAAAUAAGUGCAAUUUCUACACCCCCGAAACAAUUCAAAGGGAAGCAGCAUUUCUUGUUAACUAGUUAAGCACUAUGCUGCUAGUUACAGCGUAGGCACCCCAGCCCAGCAGCCCACAUGUGUUCAGGACCCUCCCUGCCCACCCCCUCCCUGCCGUAUCGAUCACCAGCACCAGGGUGGCCCGUGUGCGUGGGGCCAGCGUCGCCAGGCUGCCCAGCCUGGCUCUGUCUACACUGGCCGAGUCUCCGACUGUCUGUGCUUUCACUUACACUCCUCUUGCCACCCCCCAUCCCUGCUUACUUAGACCUCAGCUGGCGCCGGACCCGGUAGGGGCAGUCUGGGCAGCAGGAAGGAAGGGCGCAGCGUCCCCUCCUUCAGAGGAGGCUCUGGGUGGGGCCUGCUCCCCAUCCCCCCAAGCCCACCCAGCACUCUCAUUGCUGCUAUUGAGUUCAGCUUUUACCAGCCUCAGUGUGGAGGCUCCAUCCCAGCACAGAGGCCUGGGGCUUGGCAGGGGCCCAGCUGGGGCUGGGCCCUGGGUUUUGAGAAACUCGCUGGCACCACAGUGGGCCCCUGGACCCGGCCGCGCAGCUGGUGGACUGUAGGGGCUCCUGACUCGGCACAGGAGCUCCCAGCUUUUGUCCAUGGCCAGCAGGACGGGCUCUUGUGUAUAUAGCUGGGGCUAGGGGGCAGGCCCCCCUUGUGCAGAGCCAGGGGUCUGAGGGCACCUGGCUGUGUUCCCAGCUGAGGGAGGGCUGGGGCGGGGGCCGGGCUUGGAACGAUGUACGAUACCCUCAUAGUGACCAUUAAACCUGAUCCUCCACCGCG